CCCGAGGCCCCCGCUCAACUUGGAGUUGAUUUCAGGACUGUAACUUCCUGCCCUUAAAACAACGUUAAUCCCGCAACAGAAAGAAAAAUAUACGGGAACCGUUUUGGUUUAAGUUGGUCAAUGUCAGCGUACUUUAAAUGUAGUCUUGUUUAAUACUGGUGAAGUUGUCAGAAGUGAAAGUAGUGACGCGUAAUCCAGGGAAAAUGACUUCGGUGGACAUGGACUUGCAGAAAUAUUUGUUGCGCAUUGGGUUUGUGGGUCCAGCUGAGCCCAGCCUGGAUGUGCUGCGGUCGCUUCACAACUGUCAUCUGCUGUCGGUGCCGUUUGAAGACCUCACCGUGCACAGCAGCGGACGAGUCCAACUCGAUCUUCCGCUUUUGUUCGACAAGAUCGUGAACCGGCGCAGAGGCGGUUUUUGCUUUGAGAACAACGGACUCUUCUCCUGGUUGCUGUCCAAAAUGGGCUUCCAGGUAACUUUGAUUUCCGGCCAGGUGAAGAACUCCGUCACCGGCCGCUACGGGCCACCUUUUGAUCAUCUGAUCCUCAUGGUGACCAUUGAGGACCGGCGGUGGCUGUCCGACGUGGGCUUUGGCGUGCCAGGCUUCAGUACCCCCCUUUCACUGGAGCACAGUGGCCCCCAGGAGCAGGGCCAUCGAGUGUACCGCAUUAGAAAGGAACGGGAUAUGCACUUUCUGGAAUGGCAACAGGAAGAAAACAGAGGUACAGAUGGAGACUGGACAGAGAUCUACAAGUUUACCCUUGAUCCCUGGCGUCUGGAGGAUUUUACUGAGAUGUGCCAGUACCACCAGAGCUCCCCCAGCUCCAUUUUCUUCUGCAAAUCCCUCUGCACUGUUUUAAAACCAGGUGGAAGGAUCACCUACAUUGGCCACAGACUGAUCACCGCCACGUUUCCCAAUGAGGAAACAGGGAGGGUGUUUGAAACCACAACCAGGGAACUUAAAGAUGAGGAGAUUCCUGAUAUUCUGGAACAGGAAUUUGGAAUUGUGCUAAACUCUCUGCUCAUACCAAAGGAUGAGGUGAUAACACCACCCCCAGUCAUGUAUUGAUCAUGUUUCCAUAUGGAAUAUCUUUACACCUUCAUAGACAAAAUUAUGUGAAAAAAAUGUAUCUGUCUUCUUAUUGGCAUAGCUGCAAACAGUCUUGAUUCAUACAUGUUAUACAUAAGGAUUGCAAAUUGAUUUUUUAACACUCAGAUCAAAGUAUGAAGUACAGUAUAUAGAAAGAUUGGACAUGUGGCUCUU